CCCUCCCUCCCGCUUUGUAAAGCCGGGCUUUGGAAAAGCCAUGAAUUUGGAAUUUGAGAGGGAGAUCGGGUUUAUAAACAGCCAGCCUUCUCUCGCUGAGUGCCUGACGUCUCUCCCCGCUGUCCUGGAGACGUUUCAAACUUCAUCAAUCAAAGACUCGACGUUAAUUCCUGCUUCUCCUUUUGAGCCGAGCUUAAAUCCUUGUUGCGGCGGGMGGGAGGGAGAGAGGAGGCAAAAAAAAACAUCUCAUGGUUUAAUCCGAGCUCAAAUCGCGGCUCAGGCGCGGCCCGGGCUCUCAGCAGCGGAAUUUCCGUGGAUGAAGGAGAAGAAAUCGGGGAAAAAAACGGUCCCGGUUCCGUGCUCUUCAUCCCCGCCCUCAUCAUCAUCAUCAUCAUCAUCAUCAUCAUCCUCGGUGCCGGGAUCUCCCGCAGGCGCGGGUUUAGGCGCGGGUUUAGGCCCGGCUUUGGAGGGCGGAGGGAUCGCGGGAGUUGAUCCCGAGUCGCCCGCGCUGCCGGAGCUGAGGCUGAGCCCGGCUGAGCCCGGCUUAGAGGUGGCCCCGGGAUUUUCUCCGGUAGCCCAGGGAUUUUCUCCGGUAGCCCGGGAAUUUUCUCCGGUAGCCCAGAGGUUUUCUCCGGUAGCCCGGGAAUUUUCUCCGGUAGCCCAGGGAUUUUCUCCGGUAGCCCGGGGGUUUUCUCCGGUAGCCCGGGGGUUUUCUCCGGUAGCCCAGGGGUUUUCUCCGGUAGCCCAGGAAUCUCUGGAGAGCCCCCUGAACCUCUCCGAGGAGGAGUUGGACUUGUUCACCCGCGCGCUUUGUGCCAUCGAUCUGCAGAAUUUCGCUUUGCAGUAGCGGGGGUUUGUCCGCUCCCGCCUAAGUCGGGUUUUAUCUCCCGUUCCCGGCCCCAUUCCAGCCCCAAAUCCGACCUAAAAUAAGGGGGACUGCCCCCAAAUCUGUCCUAAAAGAAGGGGGAGCGCCCCCAAAAUCCGUCCUAGAAAAUACGGGGUGCGUUCCCCAAAAUCAACCCUAAAAGAAUGGGGAGCGCCCCAAAAUAUCGCUCUGAAAAAACGGGGAGCGCCCCCAAAAUCCACCCUAAAAUAAGGGGGAGCCCUCCCAAAAUCCGCCAUAAACGACCGGGGAGCACUCCCAAAAUCCGCCCUAAAAUAAGGGGGAGCGCCCCCCAAAUCUGUCCUAAAAGAAGGGGGAGCGCCCCCAAAUCUGUCCUAGAAAAUAUGGGGCGAGUUCCCCAAAAUCCGCCCUAAAAUAAGGGGGAGCGACCCCCA